CUUUUAAUUUACAAAUCGCUUAUUUCUGCAAGACCAUGUGCGAGUCCGCGGGAUCCUGUUCCUCCAGCUCAUAGUCAGUAUGUUACUCGGCCUAAGACGCGGUUGGAGUUUACAUUCACAAAAUCAAGCUUUUAUAGUAUGCCGUGUGAAGCUGCUUCUCGCUUCUUGAUAUUGUAUGGAUCUCAGCGCGGUCAGGCUCAGUCUCUAGCUGAAGAGAUCUGCCAACAAGCAGCCGAACAUGGGUUUACGGCGGACAUCAGCUGUCUGAGCAACCAGCACAAUUACAACUUAGAUGAAAUCCGGCCAGUUGUUUUUGUGGUUUCCACGACCGGUGAUGGGGACCCUCCGGACACAGCUCAGAAGUUUGUGAGAAAGAUCAAAAACAAAUCUCUUCCACACGACCACUUCUCCCAUCUGCGUUAUGCACUGUUAGCUUUGGGAGACACAAACUAUGCAAAUUUCUGCAACGGGGGCAAGACCAUUGACAGCCGUCUGCAACAGCUUGGUGCUAAACAUUUCUAUGCCACUGGGCAUGCAGAUGACGGCACUGGACUGGAAAUAGUGGUGGAUCCUUGGAUUGAGGGCCUCUGGGACGCUCUGAAAAAAACGUUCCCUAGCAUGGCUACUUCAGAUCAACAGGACGCUGUCCUUAGUGACAGUACACAGGACAGUUUUCAUAAAACUGCAUCUGGCCAGGAAAAAAAUAAGUCGGAUCUAGAAGUUGAUCUUCAUCUUUUAAAGCUGAGUGAAGCAGACUCACAAAAAGGAAAAGGGAUUGAAUCUGACAGCAGAGAUGUAGAGACUGUUUCUGCAGUGUUGGUUGCAUCUCUGAAGCAGUCGGUGCCACCGUUGUCACAGUCCGCUCUUAAUGUUCCUGCACUUCCUGCUUCAUAUCUGGAGGUCCGUUUGGAGCAGGUGUCAACUGAAGGGGAGAAAGUCCCAUCUGAUAAAGACGGUUAUCAUGAGGUGUCCAUUUCAAAAGCAGUUCAGUUAACUCAAGAUGAUGCUGUGAAAACUGCCAUCUUACUGGAGCUUGAUAUUUCGGAGCAGAACCUUGUUUAUCAGCCUGGAGACGCCUUUGAUAUUCUCUGUCCAAACAGAGCCAGUGAAGUUGAGGAGCUGCUGCUCAGACUGGAUCUGCAAACGUGGAAGAAUUGUGCUGUUCAGGUCAACUUGCUUAAAAACAGCAGUAAGAAAGCAGCAAAAGUUCCUCUUCACAUCCCACAGAACGGCUCUUUGCAGUUUAUUCUCACCUGGUGUUUGGGGAUAAGGAGUGCUCCAAAAAAAGCGUUUGUGCGAGCAUUGGUGGACUUCACUCAGAACGGUUCAGAGAAAAGAAGGCUUCUGGAGCUGUGUAGCAAAGAAGGCUCAGCAGACUACAACAGCUUUGUCAGGGAUGCCAACGUAUGUUUGCUGGAUCUGCUUCGGGCCUUCCCAUCCUGCCUACCUCCACUCAGCCUUCUGUUCGAACAUUUGCCAAAGCUUCAGCCCAGAGCCUAUUCAUCUGCCAGCUCCAGCCUUCAGCUCCCUGGGAAAGUUCAUUUGGUGUUCAAUGUUGUGGAGUUCCCUGCACGUCCCGAGCAUCCGGCGAGGACUGGGUUGUGCACGGGCUGGCUGGCUGGUCACGUCUCCUCAAUCUUGCGGCGCCUUGGGACGGUACUGGCUUCAGAGCGCCCAGGCACAUCAGCCCUGCCGAAGGUACAUGUCAGGCCCCGUCCCAGCAGCACCUUCCACUUACCAGCCGACCCGUCUGUUCCUGUAGUGAUGGUGGGUCCUGGGACAGGUGUGGCCCCCUUCAUUGGAUUUCUUCAACAAAGAGAGAAAGAACGUGAAGUGAACCGGGAAGCAACUUUUGGAGAGAUGUGGCUCUUUUUCGGAUGCCGCCACAAAGACAAAGACUUUCUUUUCAGAGAGGAGUUGGAGAGAUUUGUGCAUAAUGGAACCCUGAGCCAUCUGAUCGUGUGCUUCUCCAGAGAUGAGCCUGAUGCAGCGGGAACCGUUAGCACUCCAACAUAUGUCCAGCAUAACUUGCGUCUCCAUGCUAAAAAUGUUGCCAGCAUUCUCCUCAAAGACAAAGGCUGUCUCUAUGUCUGUGGGGAUGCAAAGAACAUGGCAAAGGAUGUGAAUGACACACUACUGGAGAUCAUAGGAAAUGAACUUCAAAUCGAUAAACUGGAUGCUAUGAAGACCGUAGCAGGACUUCGUGAGGAGAAGCGAUAUCUACAGGACAUCUGGAGUUGAGAAAGCACACUUACAGAGCACAAACAAAUAUUCAUAGACAGAUGUGCAAAAUAACUUUUUGGCCCUUUUAGUUCAUAUCCACACAACAGGUGCUAUUGAGUGAAAGCCAAAUUCAUUAACCAACUGCCCUAAGUCUCAAUGCUUUUUCCCUCCCUUUCAAGUAUUUUAAAAGCUUUUAGUAAAUUAUCUGAAGGUACGGUUAAAAACGCUUAGAUUAGGUUUGUUUGUUCAAACUGUUUUUUUUUUUUUUGACUGUGCCUUUUAUGCGGUUAUUAAAGAGGAGCCCUGCAUAACCGUUUCAUUCUUUGAGGAACGUUUCUGUACAUUUAGAUACAGCGCAGGUAAAAUAUGCAUAAUGCAUCAGAGUC